UCAAAUUUAUUUCCAAAGACAAAACCAAUCUCCACUUUCUAAAUUCAAAAAAUAAAUCUCUCUCCCACAAAAAAAAAAGAAAAAAAAAAAGAAGAAACUGUUAUUCCUUAAAAUCUGGUGCCAAAUUUUCUUUCCAUUUUCUCGUUUUUAAGAUUAGGUCUCAAAACAAAAUCCCCAACAAAUCAACAGCUUUUCAAAUUUCCUUCUUCUUAUUACUCAUCUCUUACAAAUUUACAUUUUCUCUCUCCUAAUUUCUCCCCAUUUUUAGCAAUUUCUUACUUCUGCAAAAACCCCCUUCAAUCUCACCUGAAAAAACAAAAAUUCAAGAAAAAGUUACCCAAAUUCUCAUCUGGGAAUUUUCAAUGUGGUCAAUUUAAUCACCAAAUCUGCAUUUUUAUUCUUCGAUUUCGUCGAUAAAAUUUGGUGAAAAAUGCUGUCGACAUCGCCAACAAUGAUGCGGAGCUCAUUAGAAGCGAUGCUAGAGAAUCUCCGGCGAAAAGAUGAAGACCAAGAUAAGGAUAUUCCGCCGGCGUUACCGUCUAGGCCGACGUCUCGAGCUCGUUUGCCGUCAGCGAGGCGGUCUUUGCCGGUGGGGUUUAAAGUUUCCGGCGUAGGAAGCGGCGGAUGUGAGGAGGUGAAGAGGAAGUGUGAUGAUAUGGAGGAGAGAGAAAGGGUGGUCGUUGUUGGAGGAGGAGUAGGGCCAUGGGUUAGGAAGAGGAAUAGUUUUGGGAGCAGUAAGAAGAAGAUUAAAUCGGACCAGUCGCCGUAUGGAGUGGUGGAUAUGGAGGAGAGAGAAAGUAACGGUGGUUGUAGUGGUGGCGGUAAUGGUGAGGGAGUCACGUCUACUUCUAAGGGCGUGGUUGAGUGGGAAGAUAAUGUUGAUUAUUUUAUUAAAAAGAAACUUCGUGUGUGGUGUCGGCUUCGUUCUGGACAGUGGGAAUUGGGAAGGAUCCAGUCAACCUCAGGCGAGGAGUCUUUUUUACAGCUUGCAUCUGGAAAUGUCAUCAAAGUCUUGAAAACAGAACUCCUACCCGCGAAUCCAGAUAUUCUUGACGGUGUGGAUGACUUGAUACAGCUUAGUUAUUUGAAUGAGCCUGCUGUUCUUAGCAAUCUGCAGUACAGAUAUUCACGUGACCUGAUCUAUAGUAAAGCAGGGCCUGUUUUGAUUGCAAUCAAUCCAUUCAAGGCUGUGCAAAUGUGUGGGAGCAAUUAUAUUAAAGAUUAUAGACAGAAGCUUGCGGACAGUCCUCAUGUUUUCGCGGUGGCAGAUGCGGCCUAUGACGAGAUGAUGAGAGAUGGUAAGAACCAGUCCAUUCUUAUAAGUGGGGAGAGUGGUGCUGGGAAAACCGAAACAGCAAAGAUUGCAAUGCAGUAUUUGGCUACUCUUGGUGGUGGCGGAGAUGGAAUUGAACGUGAAGUUCUUCAAACAAGCUGUAUUCUAGAAGCAUUUGGGAAUGCAAAAACAUCUAGGAAUGAUAACUCUAGCAGAUUUGGCAAGUUGAUUGAAAUUCAUUUCAGUAUGACGGGCAAGAUAUGUGGUGCCCUCAUUCAAACUUUCCUUCUUGAAAAGUCCAGAGUAGUUCAGCUGGCUAGAGGAGAACGAUCGUACCAUGUCUUUUAUCAACUUUGCGCUGGCGCCCCAUCUGAUCUACGAGGUAGAUUGAACAUAAAAAUGGCGAAUGAAUACAACUAUCUUAAUCAGAGUAAUUGCUUGGUGAUUGAUGAUGCUGAUGAUGAACUGAACUUUCAUAAGCUUCAGGAAGCUCUAGAUAUUGUUCGAAUCCACACAGAAGACAGGGAGAGAAUGUUUGCAUUGCUAACAGCAGUUUUAUGGCUCGGGAAUAUAUCAUUUCAAGUUACUGACACUGAAAACCACGUAGAAGUGGUGCCUGGUGAAGCUCUGACUGCUGCUGCCCGGUUGUUGGGUUGCACCGAGGAAGACUUGAUGUUGAUUCUAUCAACUCGUAAAAUACAAGCUGGCAAGGAUAGUAUUGCAAAAAGAUUAACUUUACAGCAGGCAACAGACUCCCGAGAUGCUUUAGCAAAAUUUAUCUAUGCCCGAUUGUUUGAUUGGCUCGUGGAUCAAGUAAAUAAAUCACUUGAAGUGGGCAAUAGGCGGACUGGAAGAUCCAUAAACAUCCUGGAUAUCUAUGGUUUUGAGUCAUUUCAGAAAAAUAGCUUUGAGCAGUUUUGCAUAAAUUAUGCAAAUGAGAGGUUGCAGCAACAUUUCAAUCGUCAUCUGUUCAAACUUGAACAAGAGGAUUAUGAAGCUGAUGGAAUUGACUGGGCUAAAGUUGAUUUUGAGGACAACCAAGAGUGCCUCAACCUCUUCGAAAAGAAACCUCUGGGGCUUAUGUCUUUGUUGGACGAGGAAUCAAAUUUUCCUAAGGCUACAGAUUUGACUUUUGCCAGCAAGCUUGAGCAACACUUGAGCUCUAAUUCCUCUUUUAAAAGAGGUAGAGAUGGGGCAUUUAGUAUUCACCAUUAUGCAGGACAGGUUCUUUAUGAUACUAUUGGUUUCUUGGAAAAGAACAGAGAUCCGUUGCACUCCGACUCUCUCCACCUACUCAUGUCAUGCAAUUCUCCACUGCUGCAGCAGUUUGCUUCCAGCAUGGUUGACCAAUCUCAGAAGUCUACUGGCCCCAAUGUCCAAUCUGCUCUGGACAACCAGAAACGAAGUGUUGCAACAAAGUUUAAGAAUCAGCUUUACAAACUGAUGCAACAACUGGAAGCUACCACCCCUCACUUCAUUCGUUGUAUAAAACCAAACAGUAAGCAGCUUCCUGGAGUUUAUGAGAAAGAUCUUGUCUUGCAACAGCUAAGGUGCUGUGGAGUUCUGGAAGUGGUGAGAAUCGCUAGGUGUGGUUAUCCUAAUCGAAUAACUCAUGAAGAUUUUUCCCAAAGGUUUGGUUUUCUGAUAUCAGAUAAGAGUGUAUCUCAGGAUCCUUUGAGUAUAUCAGUUGCCAUUCUGCAGCAGUUCAACAUUCUUCCUGAGCUAUACCAAGUUGGUUACACAAAAUUAUAUUUUCGAACUGGGCAGAUCGGAGAAUUGGAAGAAACAAGAAAACGAGUUCUGCAGUCCGUGACUGGAUUACAGAAAUGCUACCGUGGGUACAAGGCUCGUACUCAGUUUGUGGAACUGAAGACAAGAAUUUCUUCAUUGCAGUCGUUAAUCCGUGGGGAAAAUACUAGAAAGAAGUACGAUUCUUUAUUACAGAAGCAUAGAGCCCACUUGCAGAAUCAUGUGAAUACAAAUAAGCAUAAACGCAGUGCUUCGAGGGCUUUGGAUGAGCAGCAGAAAGCAAUCAUACAAUUACAAUCUGUGGUACGUGGUUGGUUAGCUCGGAAGCAUUUCGAUGAUAUGCUUAAUUUAGAAGACUCCAAUGUCGAAGAUGUGAAUAAAAUAAAAGGGAAAGACAGCAAAAUCAGACAAAAGGAAUUUUUGCCCGCGCGUGUUCAAGUUUCCAAUAAUGUUGUGGAGGAGCUUCAAAUACGGGUUGCAAGAGCCGAAGAAACAUUGGUUCAGAAGGAAGAGGAGAAUGCUUCAUUAAGAAAACAGUUACAGCAACAUGAGAUGAGAUGGUCUGAUUAUGAGGCUAAAAUGAGAUCAAUGGAGGACACAUGGCAGAAGCAGAUAGCAGCGUUGCAAAUGAGCCUUGCUGCAGCCAGAAAGAGUCUUGUACCAGAGGAUGCUGCUGGAAGGCAAGAGGCUUCCCUGUCACCUCGUUCUUAUGAUUCAGAUGAUAACUUGUUCAUGGGCCCUCGAACUCCUGGAGAAAGCACACCCACAAAAUAUCCAAUUCCCAUUUCUGAAGCUCGAGAGGCUAAUAAUGGGGGUGGCGUAAAUCCAGUCAACCAUUUGGCAAAGGAAUUUGAGCAGCAGAGACAAGGAUUUGAUGAAGAUGCAAGAGCCCUUUUUGAUGUCAGGUCUGUGCAGUCUGCUCCAGGUAUGAAUUCCUUUGAUGAACUUCGGAGAUUGAAGAUGAGAUUUGAUGCAUGGAAGAAAGAAUACAAAGUUCGAUUAAAAGAGACAAAAGGAAUGCUGCACAAGCUCAGGCAUGCUGAUAUGGAGAAGCAUCGCCGGAAAUGGUGGGGAAAGUUGAGCGGAAGAGUACACUAAAAAAACAUAGAAUCUUAGGUUACCAAUUGUGCAAAGUUUUCGUUCAAGAACUGAGCAAUGAAGUUCUCUGGCACACUCUGCAAGUUUUAUCUUGCACAUAGGAAAUAGUAGGGAGAGAGAUUUGUGUUGUAUCAUUGUAUGAAUGUCUACCAAUUUUUGUUGCUUGGUGGAGAAAUCGAUAAUCUUAGGAUCUAUUUCAGCCUGAGUCUGAAAUUACCGUCCUCCAGAAGAUGUGGCGAUAUUCAAUCUGUAUAUAAAUGCCGUUGGUAGUGAUGUAAUUCUUUACUAUAUAGCGAAUGUAGUCUCAAAAAUGGGGAAAGAUAGGCUUAUAUAUGUUGUAUGUGUCAGUGUGUGUGUAAAGUUGUAGCCAUCAAUCAGUCUGUUGAACUCUGUAUCUUUUGAAGUGUAAUAUAUCAUCAAAUUCAACUC